CAGGUGCAGAUGCAAGAGGAGUAGAAGAGGAGCAGGCAGGAGAAAGCAACGUCAGGGGUCCCAGACACAGGGUCAGCAUGGGGGCUCUGCUGGAUGACCUAGCCAGACCUUCUGCUCUGCUUCUGCAGCUGUCUCUGGUGCUUGGUGUAAUCUUCGUGCUGCUGAAGGUUGCCUGGUUCUACUGGGAGAGGAAGAAAAUCAUCAAAGCUCUGGAGGCAUUCCCUGGCCCUCCAAAACACUGGCUCUAUGGCCACAAUCACCUGAUAACUUCUGAUAACGUAUUAUAUCAGGUGGUGUCGUGGGGAGAAGAAUACCCCUAUGCCUUCCCCAGGUGGUUUGGACCAAUCCUGCCUGCUCUAAUAAUCCACCAUCCUGAGUUUGCCAAGUGUGCACUUAGCCAAACGGAUUGCAAGCCCAACGUACCCUACCAGUUCACAGUUCCCUGGAUUGGGAAGGGGCUGUUGGUCUUGGAUGGAGAGAAAUGGUUCCAACAUCGGAAGCUGCUCACCCCUGCCUUUCAUUACGAUGUGCUGAAACCUUACAUGGCCCUGAUGUCAGACUCAGUCAAAGUGAUGCUGGAUAAAUGGGAAAAGAAGAUCCCACAGAGGAAGUCAGUGGAGAUCUUUCAGGAUGUCAGCUUGAUGGCACUGGACAGCAUCAUGAAAUGUGCCUUCAGUUACAAUUCCAACUGUCAGACCGAGAGCAACUCAGACUAUUAUAUCAGAGCUGUUUAUGACCUGAGCUACCUGGUGAGCAACAGAAUCCAGACUUUUUCUUACAAGGAUGUCUUCUAUGACUGGACUCCCAAAGGCCGUGAGUUUCACCGAACCUGCAAGCUGGCCCAAACCCACACAGAAAAGGUAAUAAAAGAAAGAAAGAUGCUGCUCUCCAGUAAGAAGGAACUUGAUAAGAUCCAGAAGAAGAAACACUUGGAUUUUCUGGACAUUCUUCUUUGUACCAAGGAUGCAAAUGGAGUUGGGCUGUCUGAUGAGGACCUGCGUGCUGAGGUGGACACCUUCAUGUUUGAGGGUCAUGAUACCACAGCCAGUGGGAUCUCCUGGCUUUUCUACAGCCUGGCAUUGCAUCCAGAGCACCAGCAAAGGUGCAGGGAGGAGAUCCAGGGGAUCUUGGGAGACCGAGAUACCAUUGAGUGGGAGGACCUUGGAAAGAUGACUUACACCACAAUGUGUAUCAAGGAGAGCUUGCGCCUCUUCCCACCCGUUCCCAGUGUGUCCCGACACCUCUCCAAACCUGUCACAUUCCCUGAUGGACGCAGCUUGCCAGCAGGCUGCCAGGUUGGAGUGAACAUAUUUGCUCUCCACAGGAAUCGGGAUGUGUGGGAGGACCCUGAGAUAUAUGAUCCCCUGAGGUUUUCUCCACAGAACUCAACACAAAGGCAUUCUCAUGCUUUCCUGCCUUUCUCUGCUGGAUCCAGGAACUGCAUCGGGCAGCAGUUUGCCAUGAAUGAGAUGAAGGUGGCUCUGGCCUUGACCCUGCUCCGCUUUGAGCUCUGCCCUGAUCCAUCCAGGCCUCCCAUUAUGAUAUCCCAGAUUAUCCUCAAGUCCAGAAAUGGGAUCUACCUGCAUUUGAAGAAGAUCCACUGAGCCCAUGGGGCACUAUGGUGGGGGGCAAGAGCUUUCCCAAGGACCACCCUCUCCCUAAAAGGUUUAAGAGAGGGCCACCAAAUAGACCCAGCCCAGCCCACUUGGACCUCUCCCACCUGAACUUCCCCUGCUGCCAUACAGUGGGACACACUGAGCCCCCUCACACACACACAGAACCCAGUAGGUCCAGGUGCCAUCUUUGCAUGGGUGUUUCACAGCCCAUCUGUGGCUCAGCCUUCCUUUCUGUGGGCAUCCUCCAUGUCCUGCUCCUCUCCUGACCUCUACCCUUCCCACAGGCAGGACUCCUGUCACCUCCCUGAAUAUUUGCAUCACUGCCAGUUCCCUGCUCAGACCCGAAAGUGAGCAAUGGUUUAGACACAAAGAGGUUUCUAAAGCCUGGAAACUACCCAAGUGUGCUGUCCCUCCCAAGCCUCCAGCCUAGGUGUGCUGGGGCAGGAAGGUUCCUCUCUUCAGACGUGCUGCAUCCCCAGGCACCACCCUCCAAAUUGUUCCUCCUAAUCCUUCCUGGGGCUGGCAUUGUGCCUUUCACUACAGAGACAAAAGCCAGUGGGUUUUUCUGCCCCAGAUUUGAACUUCCUUAAGCUGAGGGUGCUUAGGAGCCAGCGCAGAGACACGACACCUAGAGAAAGCCCUCACUGCCCUUAGUAUGACCUGUGAUCAACCUUGUCCUCCUCUCUGAAAUGGGAAUAAAACUUCACAGAGAUGCUCUU